AUGGACAACGGUGACCGAAUACCUCACACGAGUGUCUCGUAUCAAGAAAGCGGCCACGAUAUGUCUGCAAAUGAGGAGCCAUUGACCCAGCUCGACAAUGGCCUGUCACGGAUGUCACAAAACUGGCCGGACCCAGACACGCAGUCAUCAGAAUGUAUAGGAUUCCCACUUACUGACCAGGUGACGACUCUCGGUCGCUUUCUGUGCGGCUGCCCCGGGUUCGGCUGGGCGCCAUCAAGCGAAUACACGACGCUUCCCAAUGAACUAAUACUGGCAAAUGAUCCGAGCAAACCUUAUGCUACCGAGAAGCAGCCAUCCAUGCUGUCACACGUCGGAGGGGGCGACCUGGCAUUGCUGGAUAAUUUUGAAUACGGUACUUUUCAAUACCAGACGUUUCCCUCGUUCCAGCCCCCUAGUAGCCUCUCAGCGGAAGACAAUCUGGAUCAGUCCUGGCAGCCAGGCCUUGUCGAUGAUGCAAUGAUCCAACAUGCAAACCCCGUCCCAGGACGCUACGGCAAUAACUACAUUGGCCAAGAGUCUGCAGAAUUUCGUGCGGGAUAUUGGAACCAUGAAAGCCAAAUACAACCACUCGGUAGCCCGACUGAUAUUUUCGAUAUUCAUUUUCGCGAAAUGCCAUUCAAUGCAGGCGACUCUCAUCUCAGCAUGCUGCAUCCCACAAGAUUCGGAGACUUGCCAGGAGCUGCCUUGGCGCAACAUGAAACAUCCCAGUUUGACAUUAUGUUCCCUCAUCAGCGUGCCGGCAAGAGAGGUCCUUUUAAAGAUAUAAAGCUGCGUGAGCAAACAGCACAAACGAGAAGGACAGGCUCAUGCAUUCGAUGCAGGAUUCAGCGUAUCCGAUGCGAAUCCGAUCCCACAAAUCCUGGAGGCAAAUGUCUGACUUGCACGAAUGCGCUUUACAAGCCUGGUCAAGUUCCCGGGUACGAAUGGACUAGUCGAUGGAAGACAAGCAUUACAGACCCUAUCCAACAGUGGGAGUCGAACGAGGUCAAAGUAAUCCACGUAUCCAGCAGUUGCUCGAAGAAACACAUCGAGCUUCAAGUCCGGCAAUUUGUUCCCCAGGUCGGCGACAAGCUCACCCGUACCUGGGAUUACAAGGGGAUGAGAAGAUCUGUGACGAUACCUCCAUACGCCUUGAUCGACUUGAAUAGAACAACAUCAGCCUACACGGCACAUAUGCACGACAUCAUGACCGACACACUCGAGAACGUCCUGCAGGACUCGGCAGGUGGACUGUUGCGCAAGACUUAUUUCUGGGCUGUGAGACGAAUGAUGGACGCGUUCGUGCCAGCAGAUGCCUCUUGGCUACUCCGCCAAACGCUGACGUUGUGGGUAUCUAUUCGGCUCUCGACCACUUCGAGCUUCAUCGUCGGGAACGAAACGCUAGGAAUGCCCGGCACCAUCUUGGACACGACAAGCCCACACAGCGGCAAGAUUCCGAUCCCUCCCGUACUGGGUGCACAAUUAGACCUCGUGCUGAUCCAUCAUAUUCAAUCCAAACUUCGACGAGAGGUUCUCGACGGUCUGCAGAAGAUGGUUCUCAAGAACAAGCAGAGCACGUGGUUUGUGGCGUAUCUGGUGACCUUUAUCUUGCUGCACAAUACGUCACUGAUCACAGCUCACGAUGCUGGGUAUGCUCGCAAGCAUGGUAUGAAGCGUCGCUUUGCGCGGGAGGAUAAGGUUCAAGAGUAUCACACGGACCAAUGCAACGAUAGGGAUCUGCGGCUACUGGCCGACUUGAGUGACGAUGAGAUCCAAUUUGUCCACGCCACCCGAUAUGUCAGCGGUCAAAAUCGACAAGCAUGGAGGCAGUUAUGGGACUCGGGCGCCUGCGAGAACGAUUUCUAUUUCAUCAGUCAGUUGUUUGAGGAAGACUGGAAGCCGCACAUGACAGUGGUCUAA